UCUUACUGUGACUGAGUAUGCACAAAAAUUUGAUAGAUUGGCGAAAUUUGCUCCAGAUCUGGUACCUACUGAUAGAGUGCGAGCACAUCGAUUUGUGGAAGGCCUGAAACCAAUGGUUGCUCGAGAUGUGGAAAUUGUGUCAAGGGGUCAAUUCAGUUAUGCUCAAGUUGUCGAAAUGGCUCUUAUGGCUGAGCGGAGUGAAAACAAAAUUUGGAAGGAAAAUGUUGCCAGGAGAGAAUCGAAGAAAGGUGGAGCCAAUUCUAAUGACCACAAGAAACGAGGACAGGACCAGUCCGGGCAGCCAAGUCAAGACAAGAGGUACAAAAGUGAUAACGACCAAUGAUUUAAUGGCAGCAGUGGGCGAAACAUUCCAGAAUGCCCUAAAUGUACCAAACGUCAUCUCGGCGAGUGUCGCGCAAAAGCAUGCUACAAAUGUGGAAAAUAAGGACACAUCAAACGCAAUUGCCCACUGUGGGGACAGACUGGGAACAGAGCAGAACCCAAGAAAGAUGACAAGUAUGUUCCAGCCAGAGUUUUUGCCAUCACUCAAGCAGAAGCUGAGGCCAGUCCUUCGGUUGUAUCAGGUAAGGGUAAGGCUAAGCAGUGAGAAUGAAGAGCUCGAGGCGUGGACCGCAUGUUAGGGGGCUGGCACAGUAUUUUGCUUUUAAUGUUUUUUUUUUAACUGCUAAACAUUUUGGAACUAUUAUUUUGACUUAACUAGUUCUUAUUUAAGGUUACGGUACUAAAAGAAUUUUGUUUUAAACAAUGAGAUC